AUGCUCCUGGUUCCUCCAGGAAUUCCUGCAUCCCUUAAUCCCAGGAGGGGGUGCUGGAGGGGAGGGGGUGGCUCCUCCCUCGGAAGGGGGGACAAAGGUGGGCACCCAAACCCCCCCAAACCCUGUCCCUGGGCCAGCAGCCCCUUCCUGGGUGACCUUGGUUUCUGGGCUGAUAGGACCCCAGUCCACGAGGCAGCCAGGAGGGGGGAGAUCCUGCAGCUGCAGCAGCUGAUAGAGAGUGGAGCCUGUGUCAACUCUGUCACCUACGACUCCAUCACCCCGCUGCAUGAGGCCAGCCUGAGGGGGCAGACCCAGUGUGUCAAGCUGCUGCUGGAUGCAGGAGCCCAGGUGGAUGCCAGGAACAUUGAUGGCAGCACCCCGCUCUGCGACGCCUGCGCCUCGGGGAGCAUCGAGUGUGUGAAGGUGCUGCUGUCCCAUGGAGCCAAGGUGAACCCUCCCCUCUACACUGCAUCCCCUCUCCACGAAGCCUGCAUGAAUGGCAGCUCAGAGUGUGUGCAGCUCCUCAUCGAUGUGGGAGCCAACUUGGAGGCUCAUGACUGCCAUUUUGGGACACCCCUCCACGUGGCCUGUGCCAGGGAGCAUCUGGACUGUGCAAAGUUGCUCCUCAAGGCAGGGGCAAACGUGAAUGCUGCUAAACUGCACGAGACAGCCCUUCACCAUGCAGCCAAAGUGAAAAAUGUGGAUCUGGUGGAGAUGCUGAUUGAAUUUGGAGGGAACAUUUACGCCAGGGACAACCGAGGGAAGAAACCAUCCGAUUACACCUGGAGCAGCAGCCCCACAGCAAAGUGCUUUGAGUUCUAUGAAAAAACUCCCCUGAGCUUGUCGCAGCUCUGCAGGGUCACGGUGAGGAAAGCUGCUGGGCAGAAGGCUCUGGAGAAGAUUGCCAAGCUAAAUAUUCCUCCACGAUUAAUCCAGUACCUCUCCUACAACUGA